AUGCUUACUCCUUUGGCUCGUAUCUCGAAUAAGCUCGGCAGGAAUGUAAUGGUUAAUGCAGUGAGGAGCCACUCUCACGGCGGUGUUCCUGGCGAGAACCUGCCUUUCGGCAUACACAACCGUUACAAGCUGACUGCGUACUUCAUCCUAUUUUUCGGCUCCGGUCUAGCUGCACCCUACCUCAUCACCCGCCACCAGCUACUUAAGAAGUAA